CGCCGCUGCAGUCCGUCGGUCAAGUCGAGUCAGUCAGUCUGUUAUCGCGACCCGCCGCCCGACUACUGCAGCACAGAACAACUCGCGGACCGACAGAAAAUAUUUAUUUUACUAUCAUUAUAAUCGUUUCGACGAUUUUCCACGUACCAAAAGAAAUUGUUUUGCAUUUCGCACGUGAAUUACGGCAACCACAAUAACACAACAUCGUCGACUGCGGCAUACACCGUUCCCCUGCGCGCUCGUCGUAGGUAUUACAACUAUAAUAUUCUUCACCGACGCCACCACCGUCUCGUGUACUUUCAACGCCACGCGUCGCUCCGAACACACGUAACGACGCCGCCGCCGCAGCAGCAGCUCUCUCUCCUUUGGCGCCGUGUAAAAAAAAAAAAAUAAUAAUAUUAUCCGUAAAUCGCAUUCGACCGACAGCCCGCCGCCUCGCGGUGUGCGCCACACGCGCAUUAUACUCGCGAUAUCGUCCUCGUCGGAUUGAUGUUCUCGCGGUGAACUCGCGCCGCGUUUGGUAAGCCAACAGGUCGACCGACACACCUGCCAGUAGCAGCUCAUCUCGGCCACACACACACACCGAACGUCCGCUAUCAAGAUGCAUAACAAAAAAGGCAAGCUGUGCACAAAGCUCACCAGCAGCUUCCUGCGCAAGUGGUGGGUCGUACUUGCCAUAGCCGUAGCCCUAUUAGUUGGUGGCCUCCUAGUGGUGGCGUUUUUCACUGCAGCAGUCGAGUUGGUUAUCGAUGACCAAAUCACGCUGCGGCCCGGUUCUCAGACGUUCGAGAUGUGGCGCAAACCACCUGUGCGACCUUUGUUAAAAGUGUAUGUGUACAAUGUCACCAACGCCGACGAGUUUUUGAAUGUGAUCGCGCCCGGUGAGGUGCGCGAGAAGCCGAUCUUGGACGAGUUGGGUCCGUUUGUCUACGUGGAAACGUGGGAAAAAGUCAACCUGACAUUUCACGACAACGGCACGCUCACGUACAACCAGCAAAAGGUAUACAGGUUCGAUCCUGAGCAGAGCGUCGGUUCCGAAGAUGAUAUCGUCGUGGUACCCAAUAUCCCGAUGUUGUCAGCCACGUCGCAGAGCAAACACGCGGCCCGGUUCUUGAGACUGGCCAUGGCCAGCAUCAUGGACAUCCUUAAGGUGAAACCGUUCGUCGAGGUGAGCGUCGGUCAGCUGCUGUGGGGUUAUGAGGAUCCGUUGUUAAAACUGGCCAAAGACGUGGUGCCUAAGGAACAGAAGCUACCUUACGAAGAGUUCGGUCUGCUGUAUGGGAAAAAUGGAACUUCACGUGACAAUAUGACCGUGUUCACUGGAGCCACAGACAUUCGGCUGUUCGCCGCCCUGGACAAGUUCAACGGGCGUACUCACCUAUCGCACUGGACCACCGAUUCCUGCAACCGUAUGUCUGGUGGAAGUGAUGGUUCCCUUUUCCCGCCAAGGAUCCAACCAGACACCAUCCUACACGUUUUCGACAAGGAUAUGUGCCGAAAACUACCCCUAGUGUUUAAGAAGCAAGUUGAAGCUAAGGGAGGAGUUAAAGCGUACCGAUUUGGCCCUGACCACCGAGCGUUUGCCGACCCUGAUCACGAGCCGGAGAACCGGUGCUACUGCCCUUCGCUGAGCAGUCCUAGUGGAAACAGUACUUCUGGUACUAGCAGCUCUACUACAGCAAUGCCCACGGUAUCGACGAAAAUGAAUUCUCCACAGUGUGCGCCUCACGGCACAUUCAAUGUGAGCCUCUGUCAAUAUGACUCUCCGGUGCUGCUGUCUUUCCCUCACUUUUACAUGGGUGAUCCACGCCUCCGGGAAGCCGUUCACGGAAUGGACGAGCCAGAUGCUGACCGCCACGAGUUUUACAUCGACGUGCAACCCGAAAUGGGAGUGGCUAUGCGUGCUCGAGCCCGUGUGCAAAUUAAUCUGGCCGUAAGUCAAGUAGUAGACAUCAAACAAGUGGCUACAUUCCCUGACAUUGUGUUUCCGAUUAUGUGGUUCGAAGAGGGCAUCGAUGAGCUGCCCGACCACGUGAUCCAACUGCUCAAGCUGGCCACGCAGACACCACCAGUGGCCAAGGCCGCACUUCAGUACGCGUUGUUCGCCUCAGGAGCUGUGCUGUUGCUGUUGGCUCUCGGGUGUCUGGUGCGCAACUCGCACCGGCAAGAGACCAUGUCUCUCGAAGGAACAGCGCACUACAGCCAGGACGAAAAGAAGAAGCCCAAGAAAACGAUCCCACCUGCGCCCAUGAGCACCACGGUGCUGUCAAACGGUAACGGGACGGCAGCCAAGGCCAACGCCGGCUAUGUGGCCGACGACGAAUAGUUUCAGUAGUCCGGGGACAAUAAAGACAGCGCUGCACGGCCGACCACCAUCAGACGGGAAAACUGAAAACCCAUCGAUAGGGUGCAGUCCAUGUAGUCUCACAGCCACUCUAAGAUAAUACGAGAUCUAUUUCGAUGUACAUAAAAUAAGAAUGAUAUUAUAUAAUGGAUACGACUUUAGUUGUAAUCCAAUGAUUUUGUCAUUAUUAUUAUUAUUAUUAUUAUUAUUAUUAUUACUUUUAUAUUAUUAUUAUUAUUAUUAUUAUAUUAUCAUAAUUAUAAUAUAUUAUAUAAAUACUGAACUCUCUCACUCUCUCUCUAUCUAUCAAUUGACUACUACAACUAUAUAAUAUAUGUGUCCGCGUGGUUGACAAAUUGAGUAGCGGAAACAAUCAUAAUCUCAUACAAUAUUUAUUAUAUAAAAAUGCGAAGAUGGUUGUGAGAACGCGACACAGGUCAUUUUUCCCGCGUCGUCAUAUUUCGACUUCAACAAUGAUAAUAAUUAUUGUUAUUAAAAUUAUUAUUAUUAUAUUAUUAUUACGAUA